AUGGCCGGCAAAGAGUAUGAAAUCUUCAAGCUAGGGGACUGGGAGCUCCAGAGCGGAGAGAAGCUCCCGGACGCGCAUCUUGCGUAUACGACGUUUGGGGACCCAAGUUCCCCCGCAAUUGUCUACCCGACGUGGUACACAGGACUCAUUUCUGACAACCUCUGGCUCAUCGGAGAUGACAAAGUCCUGAGCCCUAAGAAAUACUUCAUCAUCAUACCCGCCCUCUUCGGGAACGGCCAGUCCACGUCCCCUUCAAACCAGAAGCAUUCCGGGCCGUUCCCAACAUGCUCUUUCUACGACAAUGUGCGCGCUCAGUAUAAGCUUGUCACGGAACAUUUUGGAAUCAAGCACCUUCGCGCAGUCAUUGGGUGGUCGAUGGGCGGAGCACAGACGUUCCAAUGGGCGACUCAGUUUCCUGACUUCAUGGAUCUAGCGGUUCCCUUCUGCGGAGCUGCUAGAACAUCGGUACAUAACCAGGUAUUCCUGGAGGGUGUGAAGAGCGCUCUGCUUGCACCGAAGUAUAUCCCAUCCGCUGGUUCGGGCAAGCUAGGCCUGAUGAAGGCUGGGGAGACGGUCAGAACAUGGACUGCCGAGGAGAAAGAAAUUGGCCUGAAGGCAUUUGCCAGAGUGUACGCUGGAUGGGGUUUCAGUCAAGCGUUCUACCGAGAGAAGCUGUAUGAAAGCGUCCUCGGCUUUAAGAACCUGGAAGACUUCAUGCAAAAUUUCUGGGAGAAAUGGGGCUUGUCCAAGGAUCCGGAGAAUCUAUUAGCAAUGCUACAGACAUGGCAGAGCUGGGAUGUCUCAAAGCAGGCACCAUACAAUGGUGACUUUGAAAAGGCCCUGGCCUCAAUCAAGGCCAAGACUUUGGUGAUGCCAGGAAAAACCGAUCUCUACUUCCCUCCGGAAGAUUCAGAAUACGAAGUCGCGUGCAUGAAGCCUGGCGUUGGAGAGCUCCGUGUAUUUCCCUCUAUCUGGGGCCACUGGGCUGGUGGUCCUGGACAAAGUAAAGAUGAUGUCAAGUGGCUUGAUGAGCAAUUAGCAGAGUUCUUCAAGAACUAG